GAGAGAGAGAGCAAAAGUCACUGGUCAUGCAGUGAUCUCUGUAUUACUAGCUCUGACCUGUCAACAGGUGGCAGAGGGAGAAGUCUGGUGACUGAAAUCCAGACUUUCAGAAAAAAAGGACACCAACCCAAAAAAUUCAAGGAGGGAAACAAAGAAAAAACUUCAAGGCAAUGACCACCCAGCAGUUGUGGAUGGUCCUGUUCCUACUGACCCUGCUCUGCACUGUGUCACACUGUGUAAGCUCCAAGGACAACCAGCCAGAGCCUUCAAACCCACAGCAGGAGCUCACCUUCAGCCACGUCUACAAGAUUGAUGUCCCAGGAAGCUCCAGUUGCACCCUAGAACAGCUGCCRAGCCAGGAUGAGACAGGUCUUCAUAAAGAUACGAUUAUAAAUGGAGAAAAYGGCAUUACCUUCAAACACAAUAUCAGGCUGCAGACACCCAAGUGUGAUUGUGAGGAGUCGGAAAGCUUCAAGAAUCUUUUGUACAGAGUCAAUGGAUUGGAGGAAGAGGUCAACUAUCUAAAGACCCAGUGCACACAGGGAUGCUGCGGAAGAGGUGGUGCAGUAGGUGUAGACACAAGCUGCAGCGGUCACGGUAUUUACCAGCACGACACAUGYAGCUGCCUCUGUAACCUGGGAUGGGAAGGCCCAGAUUGCUCUGUGUCCUCCUGUCCUGAUGAGUGCAACGACAACGGUCGGUGUGUGGAUGGGAAAUGUGUGUGCUAUCAGGGCUACACAGGAGAGGACUGCAGCCAGCUGACGUGCCCCGACAACUGCAAYGAUAAGGGACAGUGUGUGGAAGGAAAAUGCGUGUGCUUCCCACACUUUACUGGUGAAACCUGCAACACCCYGAAGUGUCACAAUGACUGCGCCGACAAUGGGCAGUGUGUGAACGGACAAUGCAUCUGUGAUGAGGGAUUUCAUGGGGAAGACUGCUCAUCAGUCACUGGACCUCAAGGUCUGCAGCUGGUCCAAAAGACUGACAGCUCUCUCCUGGUUGAGUGGGAGUCUGCUCGUGGGGCUGAGUAUUAUGUAUUGACAUAUCAUCCUAAAUAUGACGAGGGUGCCAUGCAGCAGGUUCAGGUUCCAAACACAGAGGAGUCCUACUUCAUCACUGAUCUGACUCCAGGGGUCACUUACAUUGUCCAAGUCUAUGCCGUCAUCAAGAAGAUCAGAAGUGAAGCAAAUGUGAUUGAAGUAACCACAGAUGUCUCAGCUAUUGAUGAUAUCCGAGUUCUUGGUCAGACAGAGGUUUCUAUCCAAGUGGACUGGAAAAACCCACAGGCAGAAGUGGAUUACUUUAGACUGAAACACACUGACUUGUUUGGACAGGAGGAGGGGCUGAAGGUACAGAUGAGCCAAGAGGCACGCACCAAACACACUAUUGUGGGUCUGUAUCCAGGGACAGAGUACCAGAUCUCAGUGCAAGCUAUCAAAGGAGACACUGAGGGAAAAUCUUCCUUUGCCACUGGUGUCACAGACAUCGACUCCCCAACAAGACUCUUGACCACUGAAGUAACUGAAGACACAGCAACCGUUUCCUGGGAUCAGGUCCAGGCUGAAAUUGAGGGCUACAUGUUAAGUUACACCUCUGCUGGAGGGUCCAGUUCAGACAUCCCAGUUGGACGUGACAGAACCUCAUACAGGCUGGUAGGCCUGAGGCCCGGUGUCCUCCACACUAUUUACAUCUGGGCCUUCAAAGGAGACAAAGUCAGCAGAAAGACUUCAACAGAAGCUGAAACAGAGCUGGACUCUCCUACUAACCUCUUGGUUGGAGACAAGACAGACUCCAGCUUCAGAGUGAGCUGGGAUCACACCCAGGCAGACAUCGAUGGCUACAUGCUGACCUAUAGUUCCCCUGAGGGCUCAAGUGAGGAAAUCCGCGUUGGAUCUGACAGUUCUUAUGUAAUGACCGGCCUUAAGCCAGGGGUCAUCUACACUGUCUAUGUCUGGGCUGUGAAGGGGAGCAAAACCAGCAGGAAGACCACUACGCAAGUCGAGACAGAACUGGAUGCUCCAGCUAACCUCUCAGCUCGACUUGAAACAGAGUCCAGCUUCAGCAUCUCAUGGGAUCCAGUCCAGGCAGAAAUCGAUGGCUACAUCCUGACCUACAGCCAUCCUGACGGCACGAGCAGAGAAAUCCUUUUGAGGCCGGAGAGCACUUCCUAUGUGCUGACUGGGAUGAGACCUGCAGUUCUCUACACUGUGACCAUCAGGGCCUUCAAAGGAAACAAAGCCAGCAGGAGGAUCACAACGCAAGCUGAGACAGAUAUUGACCCCCCAAAAGACCUAAAAGUUUCAGACUUGAAACUGGACUCUGCUUCUUUGAGUUGGAUUCCUCCUCUGGCAGACAUUGAGGGUUACAUUCUCACCUACAGGGAUGAAGAGGGGAAAAUAGAGACWGUUGAAAGGAAGCUCGGAGCCGACCAAAGAAGCUUUACUGCAUCCAACCUGGAGAUGGGAAAGAGAUAUAUUGUGACCAUUAUCGCCUACAGAGGCUACAAGAGGAGCAAGAUGGCAGAGACCACCUUCAAAACUGUGGGCUUGCUGUACCCCUUCCCCAUGGACUGCGUACAGAUUAUGAAGAAUGGCAAUAGAAACAGUGGCAUCUACACCAUGUWCAUUAACAAUGACCACUCGAAACCAAUAGAAGUUUUUUGCGACAUGGACACGGAUGGAGGCGGCUGGCUGGUGUUGCAGCGUCGUAACACUGGCAAGCUGGACUUCAUGAAACGCUGGAAGCAGUACAUAGCAGGUUUUGGCAACCUAACAGAGGAGUUCUGGCUYGGUUUGGAGAAGAUAUAUGAGCUAACCAACACUCCUACUCAAUAUGAGCUGAGGUUUGACCUGGGCCUGGGCUCAGAGAGGGCCUAUGCAGUAUAUGACAAGUUUAAGAUCGCACCAGUCAAGCAGAAGUUUACGCUCACCAUUGGCAAAUACAGAGGGACAGCAGGUGAUGCCAUGACCUACCAUGAAGGACGCCCCUGGACAACCAUUGAUUUAGAUAAUGACAUUUCUCUGGGAAACUGUGCCCUGACCCACCGAGGCGCCUGGUGGUACAAAAACUGUCACUUGGCCAACCUCAACGGCAAAUGGGGUGACACCAGACACAGCAUGGGAGUCAACUGGGAACCAUGGAAGGGACACCUGACAUCCCUCGACUUCACAGAGAUGAAGAUCCGACCCUUGGGAUCCAUGUCCAGCAGARUGAGGCGAUCGCUGAUGGCCAGAGAGAGCAGUAAAACCUCAAAUGUUCACAAGAAACAGGAGAGCAGCCGAAACUAGAAUGUAUUAGAUCAGCUCCAUUAACACUUUUAGCGUUUCUGAACAUUCAUAGAUACAAAUAAUGCUACACAGGCUUUGUUUCAUUUUUUUAUUUUUGUUUUUUUGUAAACGUAAUGCUAAGAAAUGAUUUUACUGGUUCAGUUAGAAACCCCUAAAAAAUCAUGGAAGAUGAACCUUUUAGCUAAUCAUUGUAUUUUUGCAAACUAAUGGCAGCAUCUUCAGUUUACUUGUCUUCUGUUUAUUUUAUGUUCCAGAAAGGAAAGUUUUUAAAACAUUAAAGUGAAAGGAAUAAAACAC